GUAGAAAGAAAGACUAGAAAAAUAACAUCCAAUGGCGCCUUCUAUAAGCUCUAGAUUAUUUGUAGGUUUGUAUGUAAUGUUAUGGAGUGGUAGGUUGUAUGCUGCUAAUGGAUGCUUUUCAUCCAUCAUCAGCUUCGGCGACUCCAUUGCUGACACCGGGAACGCAAAAUAUCUCGCUUCCAUAUCCGACGACGUACAAUUUCUAUGUGUCCCCCCUUACGGCCAAAAUUUUAUUGGCCAGUCCACCGGCCGCUGCUCCAACGGGCGUCUCAUCAUUGAUUUCCUGGCGGAAAGUCUUGGGUUGCCAUUGAUACCACCGUAUUUUGGCAUCAAGGGGAGUGGGAGUGUGGUGGCAUUGAGGCAAGGCGUGAACUAUGCGGUUGCGGGCUCAACAGCAAUGAAUUCAUCCUUUGUCGAAGCUAGAUGCAAUGGUUGUGUUGUGAUUAAUGGAUCUCUAGAAGUUCAGUUAGCAUGGUUUAAACAAUCACUGCCUUUUAUUUGUGGCAAUACUACCUCUUCAGAUUGUAGAAAUUUUAUUGGACGUUCUUUGAUACUUAUGGGUGAAAUUGGUGGUAACGAUUACAAUUUUCCAUUAUCUACGGGAAGACCCAUUGAUGAGGUCAAAUCAUAUGUUCCUCUUGUUAUUGAUACCAUCAUCUCCGCAAUCAAUGAAUUGAUUGAUAUGGGGGCUCAAACUCUAGUUGUUCCAGGAAACUUUCCAAUUGGAUGCUUUCCCUCGUAUUUGACAACUGGUGUGUCUGAUAAGGAAGGGUAUGAUCCCAUAACCGGUUGCCUCACCAAGUUAAAUGAGUUCAGCGAAUAUCAUAAUCAAAUGUUGCGGAUAAAAUUAAAUAAGAUUCAAGAGCUUAAUCCUAAUGUUGUUGUCAUUUAUGCGGACUACUAUAAUGCUGCCAUGCAAAUUUACCGUUCUCCGGAUAAAUACGGAUUCACAAAUGGGACUUUGAAGGCGUGUUGUGGAUGUGGAGGGCCGUUUAAUUACAAGGCAACCGCAAGAUGUGGAGAUGUAUCUAUGAUCUUGUGUGAUGAACCAGAUAAAUAUGUCAGCUGGGAUGGCCUUCACUUAACGGAAGCGGCAUAUAAACUGAUUUCCAAAAGUUUAUUUCAAGGACAAUAUACUAUGCCCGAAUUUCGUUCCAUGUGUCCUAGACCAUCACCAUCACAAGGGAUAGGCAAAUCAUCUAUAUAAGCGAUGCAAGCUUGAAUACAUAUAAAUCUUCGUAGCCAUAGGUAGCUUGCGAAAGUGCAUAAGGCUAAAGAACCAGGUGCGAAGAUACUAUGCCGAAAAUAAUAUAUUUGAUAUAUGAUUAAAAUUCUUGUAUACUAUGUAUAGUUCUCUUUAUUCUGUUUUAGUGUGAUCUUAUAUAUAAUAAUAACGUACAUUUGUGACUUGCAUAAAGAACAA